CACAUAGAGAUUAUAGGGCCUAGUAAAGAUUUUGCAAAAGCCAACAAAUUAUCUUUUAUCAUUUUUGUUUGGUUCCAUUCACAGACGAAACGAAGAACAAAAACUGUCCUUCAUCUGAACGCUUCGCAACAUCGAGCUGGCAAUUCUGUUCUGUUCACGACAGAACUUGCGCAGUUCGACCAAUCCGAUGUUGGAACAAAAAACAACAGUUAUUGUGGUUCUUUAUCAAAAUCCAAUAUUAUUGAUUUUCUUUUCACAUUAACAAAAUAAUAAACAAAACAGUUUCACUUCAAUUGGCAUAAUUUUCUCGCAAAAACCAUUGCGAGAAAAAUAAACUUCAAAUGGCUCCAAAUCUCACCAAUAAUAUAAACAACGAUUCUUUUUCUUAUUCUCCUCCAAUUUUACAUUUCAAUAAUUCUACUAAACAAUCAGCCAAAGAAAAUCAUGAUAAAGAUGCAGCUCCACCACCGAACUCCGGUCCACUGGAAAGCUCUCCGUCAGACUCGCCGCCGCCGCCUCCUCCACGGCAGCCGAAGACUCCGCCGCCACCGAAAGUUUCACCGCCGUUACAAUCACCACCACCUCCACCGCCUCCACCACCUCCGCCACCGCCGCCUCCACCACCAAGAUCAUCACCACCACCGCCUUCUCCACCGCCAAACUCAUCGCCUCCACCACCUUCAUCACCAUCACCAUCUCCACCACCAAUUUCCCCUCCACCGCCGCAACUGCCGCCGCCACCAUUGCACAAAGCAAAUUCUUCUUCACCUCCUCCUAAUUUUCCACGUAAACAACCACCUCGGCCGCAGUUUCGGUCUCCGCCACCACCUAAGAGGUCUUCUUCAUCUCCAUCCUCGAAUGAUUCGCCACAUAGAGCUAUGCAUGCAAAAUCAAGAGGUUCUUCUUCGCCUGGAUCCUCACCCGGCGAAAUAGUAGGAUAUACCCUCGCCGGAGUUUUUGCUGUUGCCUUAGUUGUCGCAGCUAUUAUUUUCGCGUUUAGAAGGAAGAAAACGAGAGGGGAUUUGUAUGGUGUACCCUAUAUGCCACCCCCGAUUAAUAACUAUCACCUUAAAUCAGGUGCUGAUGGACAUUACUAUGUACAGCACCAUUCCUUUAAUAACAUUUAUGGCAAUGGCAACAUUGGAGGAGGCAGCAUGAAGCAUUCAGUAGGAGGACCUUUAGAUAUGGCGCAGCCCAAGAGUGCACAGAUAGUUUUUAGUUAUGAAAUGGUAAUGGAAAUAACCAAUGCAUUUUCUAGUCAAAAUGUGAUAGGGCAAGGAGGAUUUGGGUGUGUUUACAAGGGUUGGCUACCAGACGGAAAAGAAGUGGCGGUCAAGCAACUUAAGGCCGGUAGUGGGCAGGGAGAUAGGGAAUUCAGAGCUGAAGUAGAGAUCAUUAGCCGUGUUCAUCAUCGUCAUUUGGUAUCAUUGGUUGGUUAUUGCAUAUCUGAGGAACAAAGAGUGCUUAUCUACGAGUUCGUUCCUAAUGGAAAUCUCCAUCAUCACUUGCAUGGAAAUGGAGUACCAGUGUUAGAUUGGACCAAGAGGCUGAAGAUAGCUAUUGGUGCUGCAAAGGGCCUGGCAUAUUUGCAUGAGGACUGCAGCCAAAAGAUUAUUCACAGAGAUAUUAAGUCAGCCAACAUACUUUUGGAUGAUGCUUUUGAGGCACAGGUUGCAGAUUUUGGACUUGCAAGGCUAGCUGAUGCUGCCAAUACUCAUGUAUCAACCAGGGUUAUGGGUACCUUUGGUUACAUGGCUCCUGAAUAUGCAACAAGUGGAAAAUUAACGGAUAGAUCAGAUGUCUUCUCAUUUGGGGUUGUCCUCCUUGAGCUUGUAACUGGAAGGAAACCGGUUGAUGAAACUCAACCUUUGGGAGAUGAGAGUUUGGUUGAGUGGGCUCGUCAACUACUUAUCCAUGCAUUUGAGACACGUGAUUUUAGAGAACUAGUAGACCCAAGGCUAGAAAAUCAUUAUGUGGAGAGUGAAAUGUUCAGAAUGAUAGAGGCAGCUGCAGCUUGUGUUCGCCACUCAGCUCCUAAAAGGCCUCGUAUGUCUCAGGUAGUAAGAGCUUUAGACAGAGGAGAUGAAAUAUCUGAUUUAUCAAAUGGAGUAAGAUAUGGUCAAAGCACUGUUUAUGAUUCAGGUCAAUAUGACAAAGACAUAAUGCUAUUCAGGAGGAUGGGAAAUGGAAGCUUUGGUGAUUCUGAUUUUGAUAUAUACAGUCAAGAAUACAAUCUUUCAAGAGAGACAUCUAGAUCAAAGCAUGCAUGGAUGCACAGUAGUUCUAGCGGUGAGUCGGAAUCUAAAGCUUUCAACAAACGUAGGGGAAGUGCUGAAUGAUCACAAAAGCUUGACAAUGAACAUAUAUGCACAAUGAAGUUUGAGUAAUGAAAUUUCACAUAAUUCUCCUAUUAGGGGGCCUUGAAGUUGAAGGAUCAUCACACAGCAUGCCAUAGCAUGCUUUUGGUCUUACAAGAACUAAAAGUAUGAGUUAUAAUCAAUCAAUAUGUAUAAAUGCAUUACUUCAACGCUUUUCUCCCUCCAAUUUUUGUUCUACUUUCUUUCCCAUUUCUUUUUUAGUACUAGGGGAUGUUGGCAGCAUGUAAAAAGAUAAGUUUUGUUGAGGUUACUUCUUAAUCAUUAUUAAUAGAUAUAUCUCUUACUGCUGUUGGGUUUGGAA